AUGCCCAACACCUCUUCCUCCUUCUCUUCCUGGAGUUCCAGAUCCUUACAACAGCUGCUUUGCGAAGAAGACUCCCUGGGGACUAGAAUCACUUUGUCUUUCUUCUACUUGCUGUUAGCUGUCUAUGGAACCAUAUCCAACAUCAUGGUCAUAUAUCUGGUCUUCACCUUCAGGAAGCUGCGCACCACCAGCAACACUUUCAUUGUGAAUGGUUGCAUUGCUGACCUGAGCGUGUGUGGCCUUUGGAUGCCACAGGAAGCAGUGCAGAGACUGCUACCCUCUGGCUCCCCUUCAGCACACUCAGAAGUGUACCGCUUGCUCCGGGUUGGGCUUGUAGGUCUCGGUCUCAUCGUCUCACUGCUCUCCCACCUCUUGGUGGCCCUCAACCGGUAUGUCCUCAUCACCAAGCCACCCAUCAUGUACCAGGCUGUUUAUCAGCGGAAGCACACAGCCUGGAUGAUUGGCUUGUCCUGGGGGUUUGCCCUCCUCCUCGCCUUGAUUCCACCAGGGCUACAGACGUGGUGGGCCAACCAGCCAGAGUCUAGAAACGCCACCAGCAGCAAGAGCGCGAACUACACAGGACUGCUGGUAGCCCUGGCUGUUCUCAGCCAGACAGUUCUCCUGCUCCACUGCUACAUGGGAAUUGUAAGGAGGGUGCGGGGCAGCGUCAAGCGGGUCAGUGUCCUCAACUUCCACCUGCUCCAACAGCUCCGCUUUCCAGCUGCUCCAUCAGCUCCCCGCCGGGCACGACGCUUGAGCAGCAUCUCUGUCUUGCUCCUCUGCCUUGCAUUUCUUCUGGCCACGCAGCCCCUGGUGUGGGUGAGCCUGCUGGGGUUUUUCUUCCAGCCCAUACCACGGGAGCUGCAGAUAGCGAGCUGGCUGCUCUUCUGUUCUCUCUCUGCCUUCAACCCACUGCUCUAUACUUGGAAGAACGAGGAGUUCCGGCGCUGCAUCCGCCUGGUACUACCUGGAGGGGAAAACCCGGCUGUAGCUGUGGCUGCAGCAGCGGCCACUACAGCUCUCCCCACAGUGUCUCUUCCAUCUCAGGAGCCAUUGCAGCUGGGCACCAAGAUGGAAAGCAUGGGGAGCUUAGUACUUCAGUGA